AUGGAAUUGAUAACUACCUAUCAGUUAGAUCCUCAUCAAGCUGACAGUAAUGGCAAGCUACCAAUUCAUUAUGCUGCUGAAUCUGGGGAUAUAUUACUACUGGAAUCAUAUAUGAAGGAUUAUAAGUGUAGUUUGAUCCUAACAGAUAAAAGUCGUUGGAAUAUAUUUCAUUAUUCAUCAUUUGAAGGUCAUACUCAUUUUAUUAAGCAUAUCACCAGUCAGUAUCCUGAAUACAUUGGUUUACUACAAUCUAUUAACAGAAAGGGACAAGUACCAUUGCAUUAUGCUCGUAAGAGUGGUAAUAUUCAAUUGGUGACGUUUCUAAAAGAUGCCAUAAAGAGUGAUGCUAAAGAGAAAGCAAGUGAUAAUUCUAUUAUUUUGUCGUGA